CGGGCGGCGAGUUUCUGCCCACGGGCUUGCUUGCCGGGUUGACCUGUACUGCACGCAGGCGUUGCUGGGAGGACCUUGCUCCUGUGUCACCAUUGAUACGUCACAACAAACAGACCAAGAGUUGAAAAUCAACAAGCAGCAGUGAUGGUCAAAAGUGCAGCCCGUAGAUCAUCGGGCAGCACAGAAUCUGCAGCGGCUAGAACACAGUCGAUGAAGUAGAAGGAGACUGCCGAUGGGGAAGUCUCUCGGUGGAGGACCAAAGCUGUGCAAAAAGUGGUGUCGGCACUGGCAGCCGCCGGCGACCCAGUGGUUGAGCUCCACAAACCGGGGUUCCCCUGGCUGCCGACGCCGCCCCCGCCAGGGCCGCCGUGCAGCGACCUGGCCUGCCCCAAGAUCUGGAAACCCGUCUGCGGCUGCACCUGCGACGGCCUCUACUGCCGCACCUUCGGCAAUAUGUGCGAACUGCGCAGCUACAACUGCCGCAACACUCCUGAUUACAACUUUAUCUGGAAUGGAACAUGUGACCAAUGCCCACAAACACCAGUACCGCUACCAGUUAAGGGACCAGAAUCACAUGAAAAACCAUAGGAAAUAGCACACAGGAGGGUGCACCACAACUGCUGUC